AUGCCCUUCCUAGAGCUGGAGACCAACGUGCCGGCGGCGCAGCUGCCCCGUGACCUGCCCGGCCGGUUGGGCGCCGCCGCCGCCGCCAUCCUGGGCAAGCCAGAGGAGCGAGUGGUGGCGACGGUGAAGGGAGACCUGGCGCUCUCCAUGGGCGGCUCGACGGCGCCGGGCGCGCUGCUCUCGGUCUGGGCGGUGGGCGCGGUGGGCUCGGCCGAGCAGAACCGGACGCACAGCGCGCGCUUCACCGAAUUCCUGGCCGGCGAGCUGGGUCUGGGCGCCGACAGGAUCCUGAUCCGCUUCCACCCGCUGGAGCCCUGGCAGGUGGGCAAGAAGGGGACAGUGAUGACCUUCCUGUGAGAGGAGAUCUCCCCCACACAAUAAAGCGCUGCACCCAC